UGAGAGGGAGGGGGCUGAAUUACUUUUUCUUAACCCAUGAAUUCCACCUGGUCUUUUCCUCUGCUGACAAACAGAAUCAUUCAGAAGGUUGUCUUAGACCAGAGCCGACAUGGAGAGAUAUACUGCAGCUUUUCUGCUUUUUCUGCCUCUUCUGAGAGUCAACUGUGUCUCCCAUCAAAAAACUACAGUCUCCUGGUGUGUGCUAUCGGAUGCCGAGGAACAGAAGUGCCUGGAUUUAGCCGGUAAUGCCACGGCCAAGAACGUGAGGGGGUCCCUGUUGUGCGUCCGUGGCCAGAACACCAGAGACUGCAUGGAAAAAAUCAAGAACGGCACGGCGGAUGCAGCUUCAAUGUUUGCAGAUGAUAUCUACGCUGCUGGUCUUUGCUAUGGUCUAGAGCUCGCAGCAGGGGAGUCUCACAAUGGAGUCGAUGGAAUCAGCUACUAUGUGGUGGCAAUGGCCCGGCGCUCCUCUUCAGACCUCUCUUUGCUGGAGAUGCAUGAACGCAGCUCCUGUCACCCCGGCAUCCGUACCACAGUGGGCUGGACUGUUCCCAUCGGCUACUUGGUUAACACAUCCCAAAUCAGUGUAGGAGAGCAGUGCAAUUUCCCCAAAGCUGUGGGGAACUUCUUUGGCUACAGCUGUGUGCCCGGCAUUAAGGACCCCCUACAUGAUCCCAGAGGAAACAACCCCAAGAACCUUUGUGAGGCUUGCAUAGGAGACGAGAACGACAGACACAUCUGUGUCAACAACCAUAGAGAAAGACAUUACGGAGAGGCAGGGGCCCUGAGGUGUGUUGCUGAGAACCUCGGCGAUGUUGCGUUUGUCAAACAUACAACUGUCUUUGAUAAUUUGGAUGGUAAGAACCAGGAAUCCUGGGCCUUGGAUUUAGAGCUGGAGGAUCUCAAGCUGCUGUGUCCAGACGGGACAGAGGCAGGUCUGCAUGAGUUUCUGCGAUGCCACCUGUCAGCUGUCCCUGCCAACGGGGUGGUGGUGCGCAUGGAGGAUAAGUGCCGUGUCUGGAAAUUCCUGGAGCGUUUACAGAAUGUGUUUGGCAAUGCCACAGAGGGCUUCAGCCUGUUUAGCUCGGCGGGCUACGGCCAAUCCGAUCUGCUGUUCAGCGAUGCCACCCACCACCUGCAGAGAGUUCUGGGUAGUUACACCUCUUGGCUGGGCCCCAGUUACACCACCAUUCUGCAGGCCUUCGAGUGUGAGGGUUUCUGCUGAUGGAAGAGGGGGAAGAUACCCAGUCCACCCCAUCCUGCUGUCUGCAUGCUAGUGUUCUGCCUUUCCGCCCUGCCAUCUGUGUCCCUCUGCUUCACCAUCAUUUUCAUUUUUUCCUGUUUUGCUUUACGUUGUAAAUUUUUGUUCUUCCCCCAAUCCCCCAUCUCUCUCUUUUUAUCAUUGCCCUCCACUCACUUGGUGGGUUGUCCAAUGUAGCAGCUGUGAGGACAGGACAACACAUAAAACAGCUCAUCAGCUUUAAAAAAACAACUCCAUAAUAAUAACUUGGUAAUAAUGUAGAAAAUAACAGCUCUGGUUCCUGUUGUAAUUAUAACUAAUCCUUCUGCAUUUUACUGAAGAUUUUAACCUGCAAAUCCAGAAUAUGUCCGGCUGAAAUCAUCUGAACCCCCCAAAAGUCCUGCAAAUUGCUGCAAUCCCAUGCGUCUGCUAGAAAAGGGGUCUUACUUGAUCUAAGCUUCAGCACCUCCACCCUCCCGCCUCCUUCUCACAGGGUCCGUCUCUGGCACUGAAGAACCAGGUGCUAUUAGCUUUGACAUUAGGAGUCUCAGUUACUGUAACAGUGUGUGUCUGCAUGUGAGUGGUUGAGGGAAUUACACAAGCUUCCCCACAGUCAUUAUUGCCCUAAUUGUCAGUCUGGUGUAUUUUAUAUCACUGGUGUGUGACAGAGGAAACUGUGUGUGUGCUGAUGUGAUAGGGUGUCUUAUGCAACUCACAGCUUUGGAUCAGUGCUUUCUCACGUCUGGCGUGGUGGGCUGCACCAUGCGGGCACAUUGUGUAUCUUAAGGCUACGCGCCUUGGAGGAAGGCAUGCAUUGUGUCCUGUGACCACCAAGGGAUUCUUGACUUGAAUAAAUUUUCUCACCCCUUUGCGUCACUCGGAUUUCCUCACACCUGCUUUUAAAAAUCUGCUUGCUUGUUUUUAUCUUUUUUUUCUCCCAUCCAUUGAAGAGGCGUAUCGGCUCCUCUAACAGUGCUAAGUCCAUUGCUUGGCAAAAAUUAUUAAAACCCCUUUGAACAUUUCUACACCAUAAAAAAGUUAGUUCAGUUCUUUUGCACAUUGUCAUGAACAGCAAGUCGAAAAGAAGAAUUAUGUCCCCUAACACUUUCCAGAAAAGUUGGAAAGUCAUUUCACUGUUUUAAAAACUCCACAGUGAAUGUGAUUAUCAAGAGUUAAACAUGUACCAAUAAAAUUUUUUAAACAUAUUAAAGAUUCAUGAAAUCUCUAUUUUUGUAUAGAAACAAACAUUUUUGACACUUUAAUUAACUUACAUUGAGACAAGCAUGACAAUCACUUUAACUGCUCUAACCUGGCCUGGAGUUUGCAAAAUCUAUUAAGAAACAUAAGUUUAAUACUUGGAGUCUAAUGAUCUCUCACAAUAUCACUGGAUGCUAUUCAGCAAUCACCAUUGGCACCAUCUACCCACUUAUAUACCUAUAUCCAUCUGUCCAAAAAACCCUGUUUAAACCCGUGAAAAAUCUGCUUUAAGUGGCAGUGGGAACCACUCACCAAUAUAACGAUUCAGCAAGCAACGCGGGUUAUGAUCGUCUUCUGAUCGGACAUCGCACCAUGUUAAUGUGAUAUAAUUUAGCUCACUGUAUGUACAUCACAACUGAUGUACAUACUGAUUUAACAAGCCAAAACAACUCUGCCUGAAUUCGAUAAACAUGGUACAGCACACGCAAGACAGAAAGAUGCAUGAGCUGAUCCACAGAGAAGAGGAGAUUCAGUGGCAGGUUUCAGGCACUGUUCAAGACACCAGUAUAAAAAAACAAAACAUGGAUAUGUUCAAACAGUGAAGUUACGACCUCAUGACAUGACAGGUAAUCAACAAGAUUACAAUAUAUUGCUCUCCACUGUUUACUUUCCUGAUUUCUGUUACACUAAUGAUAUCAUCAAUGGUAACCCAGCAGUGUGAGGACAGAGUUCACGCAGCUUGCCAGCAGAUGGUCAGGGCUGCCUUUUUAACCAAAUGCGAUAGAAGAAAAUAGACAGAUUGUUAGCAGGUCAAUCCAUGUUUAAAAAAAAAAUCAUCACAAUUUGCUAAAUUCAGACUGUUUUUUAUCACUGUUGGAUAGGAGGGGUGCUCACUGUUGAACCAUGGGCAAAUCAUGGGCAAGGCUAAGGCACAGUAAACGCUGUCCAACCAGCUUCAACUCAUCCCACUCUUCAACUUUAACCCAGUCAGCAGCAAACCCAGUAGCCAGCACCAAUAGUUCACCAAUUGCUACUGCUACAUUACCUGGAAGUUGGCCAAUAGGCUAACUCAAAUAAAAAAUGUAUAGACAGUUUCUUACUAUUGCUCUUUUAGCAUGGCGACUUACUGUAAAUAGCCUGUAAGAUGCUAUUUGGUCGGUCUGUCCCCAAAGAUCCACAACUCAAGUUACAAAAUCAAAAUGAUAUCCCAGUCAUGGCUUCCCAUCAGCUAACACACAUCCUCAGAAGCCAAACCUCCACUGGUCAUAUUUACUUAGCCCAUCCCAGCAAUGGUUACGGUUAGGUGGGGUUGAUGUUGGUUGGGGGAGAUUGAAGCUGCUUCAGCUCCACCACAAGGAUUCCACAGCAAGCAACCUCUUGAGAAUGAUCCCCACAGCAUAAUACUGCCACAGCCAUAUUUCACAGCAGAGAUACAUAGAACAGACACAUAUUGCUUUACCACCAAACCUUUGCAAAAUGAUGCAUUUAAACUAAAAAAGGUUAAUGAUUGAAUGAUCUGCUGACUCGUGAUGGAAAUUGAUUGCAUAGUGAUUUAUUUAAGGGUAUCAAAGUAGAAGAGAGACAAAAAGCCAAACAUUUUUUAAUGCUUCUGAUAUUAGGAUAAAACAGAACUAUUUAUAUAUAGAAACUUGCAUAAUUAAAAAGUGAAGAAUAGUAUGAGUAAAGAAAUUAGUAAUUUAUGCCAGCUCUGAAGCAGAAUGUUGGCACUGAGACAGAUGAAGCACUUCACUGGAUUAUAGAAAUUGGUUUAUUUCCGGGUAAAAUUAAGGUGUACAAUUACAAAUAAAAUCACUCACCACUUUGAAAUACCUGCUGACCUUCUGAGUCAUCUUUUCUACGUAGCAGAGCAGUCUAUAGCUUUUUAAGUCAUGUCUCUUCUACUUUGCUUUACUAACACUUCAGCCAGUUCAGAUAUAAACUUUCUCAUCAGCUUUUGCUUUUUGCAACUCCUAGCAGGAAACAUCCUUAGCAUGUUUUUUUGUAUGUUGUUCAAAAAUCUCUGUUUUGAAAGUGAACUUGCCUUUAAAUGUAAUCAACUGGGUUUUUCUUACUCCCACAUUUAACUUUAAUAUGAACAAUUGGUGCUUUUUCAUGCUACUGAUUUAAACAAGGCUUUUAGUGAAUAAUACAUUUCUGUCUGAAUAUGUAGAGCUCCCUUUUUUCAUUCAAUUAAACAGUGAUAAAGCGAA